AUCUGUCAUGCAUGGCGGCUCGAGGCAGACGAAAAGAGUGUCGAUAUCGCGUGUGGGUUUGUAGGAGUAUUUUCAUGAAUGAGCGAAUAUAGAACUAGAAACCACUUAUAUGUAUAAGUUUAGUUGACAAAAAGGUACCGGUUUCAAAACCCGGUUUUUAGAAAGUGACAGUCUUAAAAAUGGAUAUUUUACCGAGUGGAAACAUAUUUCGGGAACUGCAAGUAGUCCAUGAUACGGGCUAUUUUUCAGCUCAACCAUCGUUGGAGGACCGAUGGCAGCAGAAUUGCCUGGAAAUGGAACGCUACUUAAAGAAUGAACCAAAAUUAACGUCAUUUAAGAAGAUUAAUUCUGAAAAUGAAAGGCCAUGGGAUCAUAUUACAGGUCAAGAGAGAUCGGAAGCGUGUAGUGUGGUGUCGGACGCGGAAACCGGAGAUACAGAUUUAGAUCAUGAAUUGGAAGAUAUUCCAGAAGAUGAAGAUGGUGAAUGUGAUAGUGGUGACGAAACAGAAACUGAUGAAAAAUUAAAUAAUUUUGCUCACUUAAAAUUGGAUGAUCAUCCGUUUGAUACCGUUAGUUUACAUAGUUUUAGUUCAGCGUCAAGUGGUGUAUCAUGGGAUAGUAAUAUCAGCGAUCCGCCCUUAUCACCAACAGUGACAAAAACUCAUGACCCAUUCGCUCUCAAACUUGUUGCUCAGAAAGGCCGAGACACAUAUACUGUAUCUGCCGAUAUCCUUCAUAAACAUCCUAGAUUUAUAGUGACAAGUACAACACCUAUACGAAAUCGUCCUCAUAGUGCACAAAUACAACGACCAACCCCUAAUAGCAUCCCUAGACGUAUAGAAGUCAGUCCAGACUCACGGAGAAGAAUUCACAAUUGUCCUUAUACGGGUUGUAAAAAAGUGUACACUAAAAGUUCUCAUCUUAAAGCUCAUUUACGAACACACACAGGUGAAAAACCAUAUCAUUGUACAUGGGAAGGCUGUGAAUGGAGAUUCGCAAGAUCUGAUGAACUCACACGCCACUACAGAAAACAUACUGGCGCUAAACCAUUUCAAUGUCGAUAUUGUGAACGGUGUUUCUCUCGAUCAGAUCAUUUAGCACUUCAUAUGAAACGACAUGCCACCAUGGAUCUAUAGCCGGAACUACACAAAAUAAGCCAAAAGAACUGACUAUAAUCAGAUUUAAUAUAACUAAGACUAAAUAAGUUGCCAGUAUAUGACAUAAUAACCAAAUUGUAGAUAUAUAUAUGUAAUAUAUAGGUAUAUAAAAGAUUUUGAAGACUCAAAGGAUCCAGGCCGCCGUUCCAUAUGGUUCCACUUUAUCGAUCCAAGACUCGUGAAAUUGUGAUGUAAAACCUAAAAUAUCAUUUUUGUGAAAAAAGACAUUCCUUGUAAACUGAUAUAUCAACACCACCAUCCAAUCAUAUUCAAGGUUAGAAAAUGAAAACAUAGUUCAUGGGAUAUCAUUGGAAUAUAUUCAACCAAUGAGUGUUCAGCGUUUCUUGUUAGAAAAAAAGUCUCCUUAAUAUGGCAGCAGCAAACAUAUAACAACAUCUAGGCCUGACUUCAACAGUUUGUCAUCAAGAAUGAAUGAUGUGUAUUACAAAUGAGAAAAUACUUUGUAUUGUUCUUAGUAUAGGCGUAGGGCUCACUUUCUGCCAGACUAAGAUUGACUUCUGGUCAGAGAUACACAAACGACUGACUGUCCGGUUUAGGAUUACAUGUGUACAGCCAUCACAGAAUGUGUGCUACUACGAUCAUACAAAUCAAUAUUGUUAUCGCAAUCUUAUACACGAUCAAUUUUUCUACGCUUCAUUAAUCGUAAAGGAUCAUUUACUAAUCAAGCUUUGUACUUCUUUUAUAUGAAAAUGUCUUAUAAAAUACAUAUAAAUAAUAUAUCGACUAUCAUACCUCAUUGUUAUAGAUACGUAUAUUAUACCUAUAUAUCAGGUGUCUUGAAGGAUUAUAACAUAUUUCAUGUGUCAAACUGAACAAUGUAUGAUAUUACCUAAUAAUGAAGGCAAAUUUCACAAUUUGGUUGAUAAGAAAGUAGCUGAUGAAAAUUUAUUUUUGGCAAUCCAGGGUGUUUACAAAUUAAUAUUCCUUAAAUUUAGCCUUACUGGUAUAUUAUUUUGAAUAAAUAUCAUACUUUGUUCAUACUUUUUGAAACCUGAAAAUGUUAAUGUUAUUGAGACACAAUAUAAACCUAUAUAAAUUGUAUUAUAAUGGUUUAGUUGGUACUCUAGGGGAUCUUGCUGCAUUUUCAUUUUUGUCUGUGAUAAUAAACAUAUCUUGCCUAGUGCUAACUCAUGCAGCAAUAUCCCAAAUAAUCCCUGUCAAAUUAUCAUUUAAUCUUUCUAUACAUUAUAACUCUGCGCAAUUUUUAACGUCAUUUCUAUCCGGACAACAAUUAGCUUUGAAAUGCACGUGUUGAAAUGGCAUUAUGGACAAGCAUGUCAUUUCAAAGCCAUUUGGCGUCCAUGCCUAUCGUUUUAGGUUUUUUAUGUACUUUUCUUUGCAAAUAUAUCUACGCUUAGGUUUAACUUAUCAAAUUACUUAUACUAAAAAAAAUUAAUAUUUAGACAAUGUAUAAUUUAUUCUAUUUAGGUAUGUAAUUAAUGAUAUAUUGAAUACAUCAUGGGGUUCCAGAGGGGGGGGGGGAUAUGAGGAGCUCAGAUUUCACAGAUAAAAGAAUAGUUAUAAAUAUAUUUUAUAAAGAAUGAUCUAAAUUUGCUCCAUGAAUUUGAAUUAUUAUUUUGAAAUUCAUGAUUAUAUCCACUCAUUUGGCAAUUAUCCUCUUCACUCUACUUCCUGUGGACCUCAUCGGUACUCAGUAUAAGACAUUAUUUUAGGAAAGAAUUACUGUAUUUCUAAAAUAUUGUUGACAUACAUCUAAAGUCUUUGAUCUGAAAUUUUACAUUGUUCUCUACUUAUAUUUUCCAACUGAUUUUCAGGGCAAGACUAAAGUCUGUCCUACAAGAACAAAUGAUAAUUAUCUACUAUCAAACUGUGAAUUUGGUCACAUAUUGUAAAGAUUUACGCUAAGUUUUUGUUAAGCUGCUGAUCUAUAUGAAGCUCUCUUUUAUAUAUUCCUAUUAUUUAUAAUGUUAUUGAAUCUGUGAUGUAAAACAUGUCUUCUCAUCUAUUAAUACAAUAAUACAUGUUGGUAUUACAUAGAUAAUCAAUCUUUUGUAUUUAAAAAGCAUUAUGCUUAAUAUGCUUCCAGAAAUACUUCUUAAUUGAAAGAAUGCUUAAACCAUUUCAAACAACUUAAAAGUUAGAAAAAAAAAACCGAUCCCCAAAUUAGGCUGUUGGGACUUGCAGAAUCCUCUAAGUUUUUUUAAGAAGAUGAUAUAAAGGACAAAUUGUCAAAUUCUUACAUCUCAAAUUUUAAGAUAUGCUUUACAAAAUAACAAUUGUCCAUAAUAAACAACCAUUCCGCAUGGAAAACAUAUUUUUGUUAAUUUAAUGCUAUCGUUAUGUUUGAAAUUGGUUUAUUAUUAUUAUUAUUAUAUUAUGUGAAAGUUGUUUUUAAAUGAAAUGAUGUUGUUUGUUAUUUUGUUAUGAAAGGCACACAGUAAUAAAUUACAUUGACUUUAAUAAAAUUAAACAUGUCAUAGGUCUAUAAUAAUAUCUGAGGAUGAUCAGCUUUACUUACAACCUUUUGCUGGGAUUGGAAAAUGAUCGAAGUGAAAGUCCUGUUAUGGAUGUUUCAUUAUUCUGAUUUCAUCCUUUUAUUUGUAUAGACUUCAUGAGAAAGAUGAAUUUAGGAUUUUUUUUUAUGUUUUAUUAUGAUUAUAAUAAUACAAUAAUUAAUGGAUAUAAUGAUAUUAGUUUGAAUUUAUUAUAAAAUCUUAUGAGGUAAUUUGUACACAAAGUUGUUAAUCAAAAGAUAUUCUAUUUAUUUAAAUGUGCUGUAUAUUGACUCUAAUUGUUAUAGAUUCUAAAUGUUAAAAUGUAUUUGAUACUUUAUUUAAGAUCUGAAAUCAUGGUUAUUUUGUGCUCUACAAGAGUUAUUCCCCCUUUCUGCCUAUUAUUGCCUUUCUAGAAGAAAAGUGAAGUUUUAGUUUUUGGACAAAAAAUUGCAUUCUCGAAUUAAACUAGAAAUGAACAAUCAUCAGUUUAAAAUGUUAUUUUGCAUUUGUAACUGAAUCCUACAAAAAAAAUACAAAGGACAUUUAAGAUGUCUGAGCCGUCCUUAUUCCUUAUAUAGAACUAACUUCAGGUUACAUAUUAUGAAGUAUUCAAGUUUUGUAAUGUAAAUAAGUAUAAGUGAAAGCUAAGAUCUGUCCUAGGUUUAAGUGUAUAAUCUUGUAAAGCAUAUAAUGUACCAUGAUUAUAAAAUAAGUAAAGUGCUAUUUAUUAUUUAUUAUGUGUGAAUGGAUAUUGGAGAUCAUUUCCAUGACAAUUAAGGCCUUUAACUUAAAUAUAUGCAACCUUUAUAUCUAUAUCCUAUGUAAUAUGAUCAGAUAUAUUUCUUUGACAAUUUAUAUUAUUUUACCCAUACAGAGUGACUUCUUAUUGUAGAACAUUUUUUUUUAAUGCCCUUUCCAUUUUGUUAUUUGAACCUUUUGUACUUCCCUUCCUUGGACAUAUUGAAAUAAAAGUAUACCAUAUGGUAGUCCUGAAAUGAUUUUGUCGAGUGGAUGUAAAACUCCAUUUCUUUCUCUUCUUCUGGAUAUGUAGAUAUAAAAUCAACAACAACUAGACACCUACCCAAUCCCAUAUUUUAUAGCAAAGAAACAAAUGAUAUAUUUCUCUUAUUCUAUGUUUUUGGAUAAACCUUAUUUAAUUCUUUGUAAAAGUAAAGUAAUUGAAGGAAAUAAAGGAAUCUGAUCAUAUUCGUAGAAAUAGGAUAUCAUACUUCCCAAUAUGUCCAUCUUAAUAUGGGAACAUUUAACAAACUGUGAUAUUAACCCUCUAUACACCAAGGGCACUGAUGACAUUAUCUAUAUUUCGAUUGUGCUGGGUAUAAAGGGUUAAUGAUUUAGAAUCAGCCUGUGUCUUUGAAACUGUACCUCUUUUAUUUCGAGAAGUUGUUAAUGAUGUUUGAGUAAGUUGAUAAAGAGGUACAUCUUUUGAUAAGAGACACUUAUUGGGCUGUUUGAUUGAAACAAAUCGUUAUUCCAGUGAACAUCUGUGUCCCUAUUUAUAUUUAUUAACUCUUAAAAAGUUAUUGUCUGUUAAGAAAAUUCUUAGAAUGGACAAAAGUGCCAGUAUAGUUAAGCAUAGAAAUUUGGUUUUGUAUAAAAGUGCCAAUAGGCUAUAUUACAGCAUAGAAAUUUGGUUCUAUAAACCUCUUGAUCUGACCAAACAACAAAAUCUGAGCAUUGAAAUGUCAACAGUCCUUAGAAUUUUGUGAGAGAUAAAAGAAUUUGAAUGACUUAAAAAUUAAAACAUUUUAUAAAUAUGGGCCCAGUUUUGGGGGUUUAGAUUUAGGAUUUGUUAUAAUCGAACUAAAGCCUUAGAAAUCAUGUUUUGUCCAAAUAGUGCCUUUUAAUAUAAGUUAAGUGUUGUUAGAUGUUUUUUUAUAUAAAAAAAGUAAACACAGUUAACACUUUUAUUCUUCCGGAAAUAUAAUGACACACUGGUACGUUAACUUACAAGUCCCAAAAGAGCGAGUGAUAAUAUCAAUAAAACCAAGAAGAAUUGCUCAAAUGUGUUAAUGUGUCACUCCAAUAUUAAAGUGCAAAUCAAUAUGAAUUAAAAAUAUUAUGGUGUCAUUCUAUUUCCUGAAGGUUUAUCAUUUAAAUGCUAUUUAAGGGUCGAGUGCAAUCUAUGAUGCAUAUAAUUUGUCUGUGCAUCAAUGAUACAGGUCGCAAGUUGCAAUGUGUUGAAUAUUUUUAUAUAGGAGAUUCCACGCUGAUGUGUGACAUAUAGGUAUAUCUAACAAAAGUUUCUGGGAAAAAGAUUGAAAUAUAUUUAUAGUAAAAAAAAUGUAGAUAAUAGUAAAAUUUUCAAUUUCGAAAUUGAAAAUAUUUGGCAGAUAUUUGGCAUGUAGCAGAGGUUAAUAUAUGACAUAUCUGAUUAAAAAAAUUAAAAUUUAAUGUUGGUAUUAAUGCCACAUCACUGUGACAUCACUGUGAUCUGCUUUGUGUCAGGUCUGACAGCUUCCAUGUUCAUGUUAUUGUCUUUCGUCGUUUGCCCAAUUUUUGAUACUUGCUGUAUAUUUUGGUAUGACAAAUAAGUUUAUUGAAAUCUCAUUUUGUAAAUUUCUAUAUAAAUGUGACAGUUUUUCUAUGUACUAAUAUUGUAAACAGCUUUUUGUCUAUUUGUAUAUAAUAUAUAAUGUUGUUGUAUAUAAUCAUAUAAAAUAAACCUCUAUACAAACUAA